AUGAUACUGAUAUCGCUAGCUCUCCAGUAUCACCCAGACAAAGUCCAGGAAGAUGAACGAAAGGAGUCGGAAAUAAAAUUCAAGGCCGUCAGCCAGGCAUACGAGAUUCUUUAUGAUGAAGAGAAGAGACAGAUCUACGACACUCAGGGAAUGUCGGCGUUCGAUGGGUCUGGUAGACCAGGUGGCAUGGGUGGAGGACCUGACCUCGAUGAUAUACUGGCCUCCAUGUUUGGCAUGAAUAUGGGAGGUGCAGGCAUGCCUGGCUUUGCUGGACCAGGAAGACGCCGGAAGGGACCCAAUGAGGAACAGCAAUAUACCGUGAGUUUAGAAGAUCUUUACAAGGGCAGGACGGUGAAAUUUGCCAGUACAAAAAACGUCAUUUGCACUUUGUGUAAAGGGAAAGGUGGUAAAGAAAAAGCUACUCCAAAGAAGUGUUCCACUUGCGGAGGCCAAGGACAAAAGGAGACUUUGGUACAGAUUGGACCAGGUCUGGUCACUCAGUCUAUGAUGAAAUGUGCCACUUGCGAUGGUGUUGGUUCUUUCUUCCUGCCAAAGGACAAGUGCAAGAAAUGUAAAGGAACGAAGGUCACCGAAGAAAAGAAGAUUCUCGAGAUUUACAUACCUCGGGGUGCAAGGGAGGGUGAGAAGAUUGUCCUCGAAGGGGAAGGUGACCAGCAGCCUGAUGUCGAACCCGGUGAUAUUGUCUUUCACUUGGAACAGGCUGAGCAUAAGACUUUCAAGCGUGAUGGUGCCGACCUAUGUGCCACUAUAGAAGUUACCCUUGCCGAGGCGCUCUGCGGAUUUUCCCGUGUUGUUUUGAAACACCUUGAUGGAAGAGGAAUCGAAAUUAAGCAUCCCCAAAAACCUGGCGACGUGCUCCGCCCAGGCCAAGUUCUCAAAGUUGCUGGUGAGGGCAUGCCAUUCAAGCGUGGCGAUGCUCGAGGUGAUCUCUAUAUGAUCGUUGAGAUCAAGUUCCCUGAAGAUGGCUGGGCCUCGAACCCAGCAGUCUUGAGUCAACUCCGAGAGUUGCUUCCAGUGAACAAGGCACCCGCCAUUGAAGCUGAUACUGUCGAUGAGGUAGAAUUUGACUCCAAGGCCAGCCUAGAUAACAUGGGCGAAAAUGAUAACCAGGGAGGUGGUUCCUGGGUUGAUGAAGAUGAUGAUGACGGUGAGGGAGGUGCUCAGUGCGCUACCCAAUAG